UUACUCCAACCGUCCAGCAGAAAUCUUUACUCUUCGCUUGGCUGCUAUGCUGUUCGUUUGUGCUUGAAAAGCGGAUUGAAAGCGAUGGAAAUAAAGCAUCAAUGCAGCGCUAAGUGAGCAAAGUGUCUUCCAGCGUGACCAUGGCAUUUCUGGGCCAAAAGUGUUAAAUUGUUAAAAUUUAGGAGAAUACAAUUAGUACGAUAUUUAACAGCAAAACAAACAAACAAAUCUAUCCACAUGGCACUGCUACGGAGGAGGAUGCUGCUGCCCCUGCUAGCCUGGAUCUCGCUGAGCGUCGCGUCACCCACGAAACAGUUCUCGACGGAUACCGAUGACCUUACCGAAAACUGCGGUGGUGAGAAUGGAGCUCCCCUGAUGACACCCUGCAAGAACUUCAUAAUUCUGAAUGCCCAGACAACUACUACACUGAAAUGCGAGGGCAACGAGACGAUGAGCUGGUGGACCAACCACCCGACAGAAGCCAGAAAGGAAUCCUUUGACAACACAGAGGAUCCAGAGCGACCUUACGGCACCAGCCUGACACUAUUCGAUGUGUCAGCUUACGAUGUGGGUGCCUAUUACUGUGUGAAAGAUUCGGAAUUUAGCCAGAUAGAUGAAGAGGAUAGACCGGAAGAGGCGAUGGUAGAGCUGGUGAACCAGGGCAAAGCUAGCUCCAUCUAUGUGUACGUGGAUGACCCGGUGAAUAAACUGGUGCCCAUUGAAAAUGCAGUGACGGCUUUGCAAUACACCGAUGUGGUCAUACCCUGUAAGCCAGCGAUGCCGGAUACAGAGGUGCUGUUGCAGCCCAACACUGGAGAUAUGCAUUCCAGCAAAUCUGUCGGUCGGUACGAUCCGCAACGGGGAUUCACCAUCGAAAUCCGCAGCAUCCUAGAUGGCGGCGAUUACUAUUGCCGGCCCAAUCCGCCCUACCCGCAUAACGAAGAGGAGUCAACCAGCAUAGAAGUGCGCUUUAUUGGUAACGGUCACAUUGAUAAAUCCGGAUUGGAAAUUCCCAGUACCAGCCCGCCGACUUCGGGGGCCUUGACUAACAUGGGGUAUACGUAUGCACCAGGUGUCACCGAUGGCGAUGACGAAAUCCUCACUCUUACUAACCAAUCGACGGGUAAAAUGGCACUAAUCUAUGGUGGUGAUGGAGCCUUAUCCUGGGAUCGGGCAAAGCGAAGUCCAGCCAGUCUGGCUCCGAUGAAUGCGUCGCCCUCACCCAGACCAGGGCAAGACGGCAAGCCCCUGCCAAAGCCCGUGAUCAAGUCCUCCGUGGAACAUCACGUCAUCACGGACACCAACUUCACCCUCGUGUGCGAGCAAUCCGCCCACGUCGAAGCAGUCUACGUUAUGGAAUGGAUUACUCCGUCCCGAUCUAAGGACCGCAUAAGAACCUCCAAAGCUGAAACCGAUCCAAGAACAAGGAACAGCACCCACCAGACGGGCAGAAGCACUUUGACGGUUUAUAACGCCCAACCCUCAGACACCGGUGUUUACAAGUGCGUGACCUCAGACAAGAUACAACAUAAGGAACAUUGGACCACCUACAGGAUUAGAGUCAUAGGACAAGGCGAAAGCUACUUGAAUGUGGGCGAGCCUUCAGGUCACUACAAUGUGCAGGAAUUCGCCAACCGCACCAUCCAGAUGACAGCCAACUACGAAGGCUUUCCCACGCCCACCUUCAGCUGGUUUAAGCCGGACGGAACGGAGGUCAGGCAGUCUGAGAACAAUUUCAAUAUCCAGUCCACGGAGCAGAGCACAAUGCUUCAGGUGCUGAAUGCCCAUCUGCAGGACAGCGGUUCCUAUGUCCUUCGAGGUUCGAAUUCCUUCGGGGUCGUAGAUCGUGUGUACAACGUGAGUGUGAUUGAUGCCCCAGAGCUGAGGAUGUCAGACGCCUACGUCCAGGUGGGGUCCGUGGCCCGAAUGGAGUGCACCGUUCGCGCCUAUCCACCGGCGAUUGUCACCUUCUUAUUCCGACCUUGCAAGUUGGUGCCACACUGGCCUACCUGCUCCUCUUUCAACCAGGACUUUGGCCUGCCAAGUGAACAGGAGAAGUAUCAGUUCCAGUCCAAGCCGCGACCCGGGAAACUGAGUGUGGAAACCAUAUACGAAGUAGCCUUCCUCCCCACGGAGCCGGGAAUCCUGACCUGCGUAGCUCAGAAUCUGGUAGACGGAAAGGAACGAAGGACAAUGACCAAGGCGCACGUAUUGCUGGGCAACAUCUCCGAGAACAUGACCAUAUAUGGCUUUGAUAGGGAUCACAAGAUCGCCAAAGAAGACGAUGUAAAUUUCACCUGCGAGGCGCUGGCUUACCACUUCGAUGGAAAUCUUAAAUGGUUCAUUAAUGGCGAGGCUUUGGAGGAGUCCAAACAGGUUUCAAUCGAAACUAGCCAAACCGACUACUCCUACAAAAGCACUGUGCGUAUUACUUCUAUAUCCGACAAUGAUCGAGGAACAUACGAGUGCCGGGCCUUCCGCAACGAGAACGACUCCAUGUACAGCAGUCGUGAGAUAGACUUGUAUGUCCACGAUCCCUUGGCUCCUCAGUGGGUCAAUGUCAACCAGAAUGGCCACUCAAAAGUAAAGCGAAAACUGAGCCAAACUCUGGAGCUGGAAUGUGCCUCCACGGCGGUCCCCUUGGCCACAGUAAGGUGGUUCAAAGACGACAAGGAGCUCACCGAAUCGAAGCUCAGACACAUCAUAGAAAAGGAGUCCAGGCUACUCAUCACGCACCUCUAUCCCGGGGACGAAGGUAUCUAUAGGUGUGUGGUAGAGAACCGUUUGGAUAAGAUCGAGAGAUCCUUUACGGUGGUUAUUUCGGAUCUUCCCGGCAUAAGCAUGGGCUGGGUGUGGUUAGGUGUGAUACUUUUCGUAAUACUCAUUAGUUUGUGCCUCUUCCUUGCUGUUCGAUACCAAAAGGAGCACAAGCGUCAUCUGGCACUAAAGGCAGCCGGUUUGGCCAACUUUGAGGAGGGAGCCGUGGGGCACAUUAAUCCCGAUCUGACCCUCGACGAACAGGCUGAACUUUUGCCCUACAAUCGGGAAUUCGAGUUCCCGCGGGAAAACUUAAAACUGGGCAAACAGCUAGGAGCCGGAGCCUUCGGCGUGGUUCUUAAGGGAGAGGCUAAGGGCAUUCGGAAGGAGGAGCCCCUCACCACCGUGGCGGUCAAGAUGGUCAAGAGAACGGCCGACAACGAGGUUGUUAAAGCACUGGUUUCCGAACUUAAGAUAAUGGUCCAUCUGGGCCAGCACUUGAAUGUGGUCAAUCUGUUGGGAGCCGUCACCAAAAACAUCGCCAAACGCGAGCUUAUGGUUAUAGUAGAGUAUUGCCGUUUCGGUAAUAUUCAAAACUUCCUUCUGAGGAACAGGAAGUGCUUUAUCAAUCAAAUCAGUCCAGAUACCGAUCACAUUGAUCCCACAAUCAUGAUCCAGCGCAUUUCCGACAACUUUGACCUGCACCGCGAUGCGAAUGGUGGCAGCUUGAAGUACGCCAAUGUCAUUUUCCCGAACCACUCGUACAUAAAUGAACUCCACAACAAUAACACGCAACCGCCACCUCAUCGCAGAAACUCGGACAAUGAUCCCCGAUUGGGCACCCGAGCCGGACGACCGGGAUCCGGUACGGCAACCUACAGCUACGACCGCCAGAUGGAUACCUGUGCAACCGUGAUGACCACCGUACCAGAAGAUGAUCAAGUAAUGUCCAAUAAUUCAAUACAGCCAGCCUGGCGUUCAAAUUACAAGACGGACACCACAGAGGCGAUGACAGUAACCACCGUUGACUUGAUCAGUUGGGCCUUCCAAGUAGCCCGCGGCAUGGACUAUUUGUCUUCCAAGAAAGUGUUGCACGGUGACCUGGCUGCCAGGAAUAUUCUUCUAUGCGAGGAUAAUGUCGUAAAGAUAUGUGACUUUGGUCUGGCUAGGUCCAUGUAUCGAGGAGAUAACUACAAAAAAUCAGAGAGCGGAAAACUGCCCAUUAAGUGGCUUGCGCUGGAGUCACUUAGCGAUCAUGUUUUUAGUACGUACAGCGACGUUUGGUCGUAUGGAAUCGUUCUUUGGGAGAUGUUCUCGCUGGCUAAGGUCCCGUAUCCGGGCAUUGAUCCCAACCAGGAGCUGUUCAACAAACUGAACGAUGGCUACCGAAUGGAGAAGCCACCAUAUGCCAACCAAGAGCUCUACGAGAUUAUGCUGGAAUGCUGGCGGAAGAACCCUGAGAGCAGACCUUUGUUCGCUGAGCUGGAAAAGCGUUUUGCCGACAUGUUGGGCGAAGAUGUAGCAAACCACUACCUUGACCUGAACAAUCCGUAUCUCCAAAGCAACAUGGAGUCCAUGAAGAACCAGUCUACAGAUUACCUUGCACUGAUGGGAUCCCCCGACGAGCUGGCGCCCGCAGCCCCGCGCUACGUAAACGGACACAUAGUGCCCGAUAUCCGCAUCGAGGAGCUGCCGGACGACUAUGUGGCGAUGAGCCCGGACUCCGAUCCCGAUGCCAGCACAGCCAUAUUCUCACCCACGCGCCUCGAAGGCGAGGCCUCCGACUUUCCGGACUUCUCAAGCGAAACAACUUUUAAUUUCCCAGCGGCGCGCCAGUCGCCUACGUUAAGUAACAACCUAAAUAGCGGAUCGAGUAAGCCGCUCCGCAAGAAAAACGGCAUGCCAACGGUAGAUGCAGCGGAUCAGGCUCCGGAGGAGAUACCCAUGCUGCACCGCCGCUCCGCCGGAUCGGAUGAUGGCUACCAGAGUCCAGAGCAGAGGAGGCGAUUCAAUCAGGGCCUCAAGCAGCAGUAUGUCACGCCCACGCCUUCCCCCCGCCAUCAUGUGGAGACAAAACUCAACGGAGAGUCGUCCGAAAACUAUGUGAAUGUCAAGCCGCCAAGGAAGAAUAUCCCUGGCAAAAGCACAUCAGGUGGUGGAGUUGUAGCACCCACGGAAGCCUUCUCGAAUCCCAGCUACCAACCACUGUCUACCGUCAACGAGAAGGAACAGCGAAGGUAUUAGAAAGUCCCGUAGCCAUUAGCUUAAGACGAAGCCUCUACGCAGCCUAGUUGGAGUUUUAAUUCAAUUUUAAAUUAGAAAAUGAUAACGUAAUAAAUUAAAACAUAAAGUUAUCUGCUAAACAAAUUUCUAAUGUAGUGACCAUAAUUGGCUUAAGGAAAACCUUUGGAAAACGACACAGCACGAUAUAUUUCAAAAUUUGUAAAAUUUGAACUUCACUGUUAUGGGGGCCUUUAAAAACGAUACUACUUAGUGGCAUUGUCAAGACUCUGAUAUAGCUUUAGGACCACACACUCACUCCAUGUUAUAUACUAUUAAUGCCAUUUCAUGUUUAAACUAAGUCUAGUUAUAAGUCGGUUAUACUUAUCUAUGUAAUUAUUUGUCUUGUAUUAUGUAUGCAUGUACCUACGACUACUCAAAUACAAUGAGUAUAAUAACAAUAUCAA